CAGCCUUUCAUACACGUCGGUCCGUCCGUCCUUGCGACUGAUGUCUCCUGCCGUCCCUUAAGAUGAUGCACUGCUUCCGCCAGCUAUCCAUUGAUUUGACACACCUCCCUCUCUCUCUCUCUCUCUCCCCCCCUCUCUCUCUCUCUCUCUCUCUCUCCCCCUGUGUGUCUCUCAGGCUUGAUUCUUUCCUUCCCGCCUCGGCGUCCGCUUCUUAGGAAGCCGAAGGGCAUCACGGGGUCCAGAGGGCCGGGCUUCACGAAGGGUGUCGCGACCAUCCCCACCUUGUCGGCCCCGGUCAUCUCACGGUGAGUCGCCACCUCUUCGGCGCAGUGUCACGGUGCACCGUCGACUUAUCGGAGCCGGAGGCAAUCGUGAUCUGCUUCUUAGUGCGCGACACGGGCGGCUGGUGCUUGCAGCAGUGGCAGUUUCUGAGGAGCUUUUCCUUGAUCUUCUCCCCCAUCUUCUUCUGCUUCUCCUCGUCCUUGAUGUUCUCCUUGAUCGUCUUCUCCUUGUCCUUGUCCUUGUCCGGCUUCUCUAAGACUUCGAGUGCGGCUUGCAGGCCCACAUCGUCGCACCUGAGCUUGGUGAAUGUGAGGGCGUUUGGGAAGUUGUGGAAGACGUCCUGGAUGGAUUUGAAGCUGUAGCACUUCAUGCCUUCGGGGCACUCCCCCUUUCCCGGCUUUCCGUACUCCUCUCCGUCCUUAUUGGUGUGCCCGCACUUGACUGCAUUCAUAACCGGAGACACCACACACACACACACACACACACACAGGGAUGGACGUGGGCCGCGACUGUCUUGCGUCCUGUCGUUUGCAUGAGUGUUUCUGUGCCGAUUCAAGCGUCACUCACUGCCAGUGCCGGCGCAGCCAUGAAAUAUCGCUGGCCAUUCCUCGAGGUCGGACAGGCCGGUGGCCUCUUCUGACGCACAUGUCAUCCACACACGCACAGACAGAGAGCGAGACACGCUAAGGCACGCGUGACACACACCGGCCGAUGCAUGUACCUGCAACAUCGGCGGGGUGCUGGUAGCCUUCCUCAGAGUCGCAUUCCGCAUCGGACAGCAUGCCAGGGCACUGCAGAGGUGGGUGCCUCGGUGGUGCAGGCAGUGCCGAGAGCCGUGCCAGCAGCUCUGCCUCGUUCACACCGGCAGGUGGUGUACGCAGUGCCCGGAGCCGUGCCAGCAGCUCAGAGUCUGUCUCGUUCACGCCGGCACUUGGCCGGGUCUGAUUGGUCUGGUUGGCGUCCACAGGCGUCUCUGUUGGCCUCGCCAGGAAGGCAUCGGAGAGACACAGAGUCGCCAAGAAGACAACAAGCACCAGACUGUGAAGAGGCGGCAUUAGAAAACUUUGACGGAUAGGCGGAUGGUUGGAUGGGUGGAUGGAUCCUCGAGGGGAACGCCGUCGAAAAGAACGACCAGGCGCGUCUCUGAGUCGGCCCCCACGGGAUGGAGGCACGGCAUCU